AUGGUUCGUUACUUUGGACAUCACUACCUCAAACAAUUUAUACGUGGUAAGCCAGUGCGUUUGGGUUCAAACAAUGGGACUAUCUGUUGUUCACAGACUGGAUAUUGUUAUCAGACUCAAGUGUAUGAAGGCAAAUCAAAGAAAUUAGGAGAUGAUGAAAGCAUCAGUGGGCUUGGGACAUUGUUCGUCCUUCAGAUGGUAUCUAUUCUUCAGACACCAAAUGCUCAUAAAGUUUACUUCGACAAUUUUUUCACAGGAUUUUCUCUGAUGAAACAUUUGCAGGACAUUGACGUUAGAGCAACAGGAACUGUUCGAUUCAAAAGAAUGAACAAAUUCCCUAUUGCAACAGACAAAGAGAUAAGGAAAAAAGAACGCGGGGCAUAUGACUACAGAUUUGAUUCCCGUAAUGAAAUUUUAGCUGUCACGUGGAAUGACAACAGUUGUGUAAGGCUUCUGUCUAAUCAUGAAACUAUCGAACCAAUAUCAGAGGUGAAGCGAUGGAGUAGAACAGAGAAGAAAGAUAUUCAAGUACCACAACCCAAACUGAUAUCAGAAUAUAACAAAUACAUGGGUGGAGUAGACAAGAUGGAUUGGAAUGUUCAAAAGUACAUAAUCAGAAUAAGGGGGAAAAAUGGUGUUUUCCUUUGCUUACUAAUGCCAUCGACGUAA